AUGGCUCACAAAGCCCUGGCCCUCGCAUUUCUGGUGUCCGCUGCUUUCCUCCUGAGAGCGCACCAGCCGGCGACCGCUCAGGUGUUCUGCCGGUCACAGUUCAACCUGGCCAACGAGGCGUGCAGCAUGCGGACGUUCCCGCGGCCGCGGCCGGGGCUGCCGCGGCAGCAGCUCAACGAGACGUCCACGUCGGCGGCCGCUGCCACCGGCGGUGUCGGAGGCCAGGGGCUGCAGUCCAGGGACGACGACGACGACGACGACAAUGGCGGAAGGCGGUCGUCUAGGCACCGUCACCGGCACUACAGCGAGGAGGAGGAGGACCCCCGCGACACGGCCUGCUGCCGCCGGCUCAUGGGCCUCGACAACUCGUGCGUCUGCCAGGCCGCAGCGCGGCUCCCAGCGUUCAUGAACUCGGUCAGGCAUUCCGUCACGCUCACGCCCGUGGAUGGCUGCGAGGUCACCUUCGAGUGCCCCGGUCCGCUCUUCUAG